GCAGCCCGCCCGGCCAUGGCAGCCUCGCUGAGCCGCCCCUGCUUCAUCUCCCUGCACGUGCCGCACGGGCAGGGCUGGGCGCAGGACCUGGCGCGCAGCUUCGGGCUGCGGGCGGUGGCGGUGCGGGAGACGCGGCGCGUGCGGCAGCUGCUGCUGCAGCGGGGAGCCGCCGUCUUCCUGGCCAACGAGCGCCUGGCGCCGCGGCCCGCCCGCGCUGCCACACACGACUUCCUCUACGACGUGGACCCCCAGCCCGCCGUGGGCACAGCCUCCAACGUCUGCUUCGAGGUGGACGACGUGCCGGGGCUCUGCGAGCGGCUGCAGAGACAGGGAUGCUCCCUGCUGGUGCCUCCCACUGAGGUGAGAGAUGACAACGGCUCCGUCACCUACGGUGUGGCCGGCUCCAUCGUGGGUAACAUCAGCCAUACCCUUCUGGAUCGAUCCCACUACCGAGGACCCUUCCUGCCCGGCUUCCAGCCCAUCCACGGAGCUCCCUCAGCCAAGGGGGACGGGAUCGAGAUCAGCCACUUCGACCACAUCACGUAUGUGUGCCCACGGGGCAGCGCGCGGGCGGCCCUGGACUGGUACCAGCGCUGCUUCGGCUUCCAGCGCUUCCUGCUGAGCCCGCAGGACAGCCCGGCCGAGGGGUACGUGCUGGGGGGGCGGGGAGUGGGCAUGCUGCUCCUGGCACUGCAGAGCGCCCAGGCGCGCGGCUGCAAGCUCGUCCUCGCCGAGUCUCUCUCGGAGAACGGCACCAACCAGGUCGACACCUUCCUCGAGCAGCACGGCGGGGGCGGCAUCCAGCACGUGGGGCUCGGCACCACUGACAUCGUCGGCACGACGCGAGCCCUGCGGCAGCGGGGAGCGCGCUUCCUCACACCCCCCAGCACCUACUACAGCCAGGGGGGCAAAGCGGAGGAGAUCCGGGGGGCCGGGCAGGACCCCCACACGCUGGCAGAGCUCGGCGUCCUGCUGGACACCACGGUGCCCGGGCACAGGGGUCAGCUGGGCGCUGGUGAUGCCACAGCAAGCCCUUCCCCGGAGUAUUUGAUGCAGAUCUUCACCCGGCCCAUCUUCUCGGAGGAGACCUUCUUCCUGGAGCUCAUCGAGCGGCGGGGAGCGUUGGGCUUCGGGGAGGGCAACAUACGGGCGCUGUGGAAAGCUGUGCAGGUCUAUAUGGAGCAGCAGCGGUAGGGGCAGUGAUGCAAUGCUCUUCCCUCAGCUCCCCUCCAACCCUGGGGCAACACACCACUGGAGAGAUGCCAGCAGGGAGCUGUGGCACAGCCCAGGAGGGCAGGGACCAAGGGAGAGCUACAGGACACUCCAGACAACAGAUCUGGGUAGGAGCAAGUUGCUCAUGGUUGAGAGUGAGUAGGGCUCUGAGCAUCCCCCAGCAUAGAGAGCAAUUUCUCCUCCUCCCUGUGCUCCCACUGAUUGAUUUGUCAACCUCACCUGAAGAACUUUUUGCCUUAAUUUCAUCUUAAUUUAAUGAGACUUGUGCCUGCAGCGUGGCCAAGAGUGUUGGCACAGCAAUAGCCCCAGGUAGGGAUGUUCCUCAGGGGAAUGAGGGGCUGCCUGAAAGACAGUGGAUAACCCCACAGCCACAGACAUGGCCAUCAAGUCACCCCCCAGGGCAGGGCCAUCCCGUGCCUGGGGGUAAGCUGUGGCCUCUUGUGCCUCUCAAUUAAAGAAUUAACUU